UAGAGAGUCAGAGCUGCUCGUCCGGCGGAUCUCAACCUCUGAAACAAACCCCCGGUGUCUUCUCUCAUCCUUCCCCGCUUCCCUCCUCAGUUACCCGGGUUUGUUUCUCUCCGGAGCCCUGGAAGCUUCUGUUUCUUUCUUUUUCUACCCUUCCUCUUCCUCUCGACUCCGGCCAACAGUUUGGUCUUUGGGAUUUGGUUUUUCUUUUUUUGUUACUAUUGCUGGUGAUUUCACUCAACACUGUAUCCCGCUGCUGCUGCUGCUGCUACUGCUGCCGCUGCUGCCGCUGCUGCUCCUGCUUUUACGCACCGACGCUUAUUUUGGAUUUGCUCAUCACUGGAGAAAAGCACAGAAAUCAGCGAGGUGGAUCCGUGGAUGCGCCUUUCUGGCUCAAACUGGAGAUGGAAAUGCUGAUAUUGUUAUUUCAUUCCCUGUGGAUAUUGCAAUGCAACACAGUGAGCGCCGACUCCAUCAUCCACAUUGGUGCGAUAUUCGAGGAGAACGCAGUGCGGGACGAUGAAGUGUUCCAGCUCGCCGUGUCUGACCUCAGUCUGAGCGAUGACAUCCUGCAGAGCGAAAAGAUCACACACUCUAUUAAACUCAUCGAGCCCAACAACCCUUUCCAGGCGGUGCAGGAAGCCUGCGAGCUGAUGAACCAGGGCAUCUUGGCGUUGGUGACGUCGACGGGCUGCGCGUCAGCCAGCGCCCUGCAGUCCCUGACAGACGCCAUGCACAUCCCCCACCUGUACAUCCAGAGGAACAGCGAGGGAUCGCCGCGGACCGCCUGCCAGUUCAACCCCAGCCCCGGCGGGCAGCGGUACACGCUGGCCGCCCGGCCCCCGGUCCGCCUCAAUGACGUCAUGCUGACGCUGGUGGAGGAGCUGCGCUGGCAGAAGUUCAUCGUGUUCUACGACAUCGAGUACGAUAUCCGCGGCCUGCAGGGCUUUUUGGACCAGACGUCCCGUCAAGGCGUUGACGUCGCGCUGCAGAGAGUGGACAGGAACAUCAGCCGAGUCUUCACCAACCUCUUCACCACCAUGAGGACCGAGGAGCUCAACCGGUACAGAGACACACUACGCAGAGCCAUCCUGCUGCUCAGCCCCAACGGAGCGCACACGUUCAUCCAACAGGCGGUGGAAACUAAUCUGGCCUCCAAAGACAGUCACUGGGUGUUUGUGAAUGAGGAAAUCAGCGACACAGAGAUCCUGGAGCUUACCCACAGUGCACUGGGGCGCAUGACGGUGAUCCGACAGAUCUUCCCCUUGUGGAAGGACAGCAGCACCCGCUGUAUGAGACACAACCACCGGAUCUCCUCGCUGCUGUGCGACCCGCAGGAAGGAUACCUGCAGAACCUGGAGGUGUCCAACCUCUACCUGUACGACAGCGUGCUGAUGCUGGCCAACGCCUUCUACAGGAAGUUGGAGGACAGGAAGUGGCACAGUAUGGCCAGCCUCAACUGCAUCAGGAAGUCCACCAAGCCCUGGAACGGAGGCUGGUCCAUGCUUGAGACCAUCCAGAAGGGCAACAUCACAGGUCUGACAGGUAUGAUGGAUUUUAAGGACAGCGGCUCCAACUCCCACGUCCAGUUUGAGAUCCUUGGCUCCAGCUUCAGUGAGACCUUCGGCAAGGACAUCAAGAGGCUCGCGACGUGGGACUCGGUGCACGGACUGAACGGCAGCCUGAAGGAGAGUCGGAUAGAGAAUGGCAUGCAGGGAGUGACGGUCAAGGUGGUCACUUUACUGGAGGACCCUUUUGUCAUGGUGGCAGAGAACAUCCUGGGGCAGCCGAAGAGAUAUAAAGGCUUCUCCAUCGAUGUCCUGGACGCCCUCGCCAAAAUCCUGGGCUUCAAAUAUGAGAUCUACCAGGUGGCAGACAGUAAAUAUGGAUCUCAGCUUCCAAACGGCUCGUGGAACGGGAUGAUUGGUGAUCUCAUCAACAAGAGAGCCGACCUGGCGGUGUCAGCGAUCACCAUCACUCCAGAGAGGGAGAACGUGGUGGACUUCAGCAAACGUUACCUGGACUACAGCGUCGGCAUCCUGCUGCGAAAGCCUGAGGAGAAGAUCAACAUCUUCUCCCUCUUCGCACCCUUCGACCUCGCCGUCUGGGCGUGCAUCGCCGCGGCGAUCCCGGUGGUGGGAGUGCUUAUCUUCCUGCUCAACAGGCUGCAGGCGCUGCGCUCGUCCUCCAACCAGAAUGCACCACCAGGCCAGCCACCCAGCACCAUGGGGUCAGGCACUCUGCACAGCGCCAUCUGGAUCGUUUAUGGAGCAUUCGUGCAGCAAGGCGGGGAUGGUGUGGCGGGUUCAGUGGCUCUGAGGAUCGUCAUGGGCAGCUGGUGGCUCUUCACGCUCAUCGUGUGUUCAUCAUACACCGCAAACUUGGCAGCAUACCUCACUGUGUCACGCAUGGACCAUGCUAUAUGGUCUUUCCAGGACUUGGCGCGGCAGAUCGACGUGGACUAUGGCACGGUGAGGGACUCGGCGGUGUACGACUACUUCAGGAACAAAGGCACCAACCCUCUGGAGCAGGACAGCACCUACGCUGAGCUGUGGAGGACCAUUAGCAAGAACAACGGCAUGGACUACUCCGUGUCCAGCCCAUCUGAGGGCAUACGCAAGGCGAAGAAGAGUCCCUACGCCUUCCUGUGGGACAUGGCGGUGCUGGAGUACGCCGCCCUGACGGACGACGACUGCACCAUCACCGUGUCAGGAAACAGCAUGAGCAGUAAAGGCUACGGCAUCGCCAUGCAGCACGGCAGCCCCUACAGAGACCUGUUCUCACAGAAGAUCCUGGAGCUGCAGGAGAAAGGCGACCUGGACAUCAUGAAGCAGAAGUGGUGGCCUCGCACGGGCCGCUGCGACCUCAACAGCCACGCCGGCGCCCACCCGGACGGCCGCUCCCUCAAGCUGCACAGCUUCGCCGGCGUCUUCUGCAUCCUGGCCGCCGGCCUGCUGCUGGCCUGCCUGGUGGCCGGGCUGGAGGCUUGGUGGAACAGCAACCGCUGCCGCCAGGAGCAGCCCAAAGAGGUUACUAAGGAUUACAGACUGGCAAGGGUUUCUGGUCCAUUGACAUAUAAUGACAUUACAACUGCUUCAUCGGAGGGGAGGAGGGACAUUUGGACAGACAGAGAGAGAGGCUGGGAUGAAGCAGAAGCUAUUGACACAGGACAAGGAGGUGAAUCUGGAACAGGUGCAUCGUCGUAUGAACAGUCUUUUGGACGAGGACUUGGCCCACAAGCAGAUCCCCGGCCCCUCUAUCGAGAUCUCUGCGCUGGACAUCGGCAGCAUGCAGCCCAGCCAGGCCUCUCUAGUGGCGGGGCCGGAGUCCGUGCGGGACUACCCGCCCUCGGGCCUCGCUGUGACCACCUUCCUCCCCGGGGAGGGGGGACCGCCUCCUCCUCUUCCCCACCCUCACCAUGGGGGGACCCUAGGCAGGACGCUACCCCCGUCCCAGGGCCCUGGCAGCACCACAUUGCCCCCACACCACCCGCUCAGCAGCACCAGCCUCAGCGGCACCAUGCAGUGCAAACACAGGGCCCCCAACGGGGGGCUCUUCCGGCAGAGCCCUGGCAAGACACCCAUGCCAAUGUCCUACCAGGCAGUCUCCGCAGGACCCAUACCAGAAGCCAUUGAGGCCACCCACAGUACAUCCAUAUAGUGAUAGGAGGGGGGUGAGGGUGGGGUCAAACUGCAUCUAUGAUGAGUCGCUCUCUGGACUCCAGUCCAGGUCUGGGUGUGGUCUAGAUGUGAGGUGGGUCGGGGAUCUCUAGAGGAAAAUUAUUAUAGAAGGAAAAAAAAAAAACAUAAUGUACAAAGUAAAAAGAUUUUAUAUCUCACUACCUGUUCAGAAAAGCCGAUGUUACAAAAAAAACAAAAAAAAAAAACGGGGGGAGGCGGGCGGGUUGGCGGGUGUAAUUUUUCUCUUGUACAUACGUGUAAAUACCAAGAGAACGAAGUGAGGUUAAAGUGUAUUUUGAAUAUUCUCAAUUUUUGAAGUUGAGUUAUAAAAAACAAACAAAACGAGAUAAAAAAAAAUAUAUAUCUACAUUGAUGAAAACGUUAUGACUGUUUGAAUGGCUUUGUAAAUUUUGUUCAAUAUGAAACAAUGACGCGAAAUUCAUUGUGAUUGUUUUCUAAGUGCCGAAAUUAAACGAUGUCUCUCCACAACUCAUCGAUGUAAGCGACUACCCAUGAUGCACCGCUGUAGGGACAUUUUAGUGUUGGACACCUACUGUUAUGCACCUCUGUACCAACCCUAUAUAUAUCUUCAGCAUUGGACGAAAAUAAUCACAAUUUUUUUUUUUCAUUUGUAUUGAAUAUAUAAUAUACAUUGUUCUUUUCCAACCAAAAGUCUACAUUCAUUUUCUUACUUCAACUGUAAAUGGUGUAUCAUUCAACAGUGGGGGGAGGGUGGAGGGAGAGGGGGGGGCACAAGUGGAUUUUUAUCUGGUUCAUAUUUUACACACAGCUGAGUGGUUUGUUUUUAUAGUAGCUUUUUAUUUGGCACCAGUACUGUCCGGGUGAGGAGGGAAGACAGAACGAGGGGGGAGGAGGGGGAGAGUGUUAGUCUGCGAUCACACCUGCUGUUGGUCUUUGGUCCAAACAGCCAAUCAAGUGACACUGGACGAAUAUGAAUAGUAUAGAUGUAGAUGUACCGGUCCCAGAUACAAAUUUACCGUACAUCUGUUAAGUCUUUGACGCCAAAUCAACAUCAUUGGUCUAAUCCACACCAGGAGCCAGAUGUAUAAAAACUCGGUGUAGAUUCAUUACUAAAACUAUGUGUACGCACACAACCAGAAAUAUACAUACACAUUCUUUUCAUCGGAAUCUGUGCGUAAGCGUGGUUCAGCUUUAUAAAUCUCACUCACGUGUACAAGCCUCAUUUCCACUCCCACAAUUAGCCAUAAAGGGAUGAAGACUCUCCCUCAAUCAGUUUGUCUCCGCCACAAGUGAUCAGACACAGAGAAGGAAGACGAGGAAGAAGAAGAAUUUCACUGAUUGUGAAACUGAGGUAAAAACCUUCAUCAGUUUGCUUUAGUACAAUCACUGUAAUGUAAAGUCCUGUUUCACUCUGAACUUCACUUAUUGGGACUAGAGAGUCUUAAUGAGGCUCCAGGGGCUGUAACACUGUGAUCAGUGAAUAUUCAAAUACUAUCAAACAGUUACAGAAUGACUCACAAUAAAUAAUGAGUAUAUUAAAUGAUGCUGAGGGAAGCAUUGAGCACAAACACAAUUAUUUCUGUAUAUGGAUUGUAAGAUUAUAACGAUGAUAAUGAAUGAAGCUCCGUGAAGUUGGUUUUAUUUUACGUUAAAUUAACUGUCCCGGCUUAUUUAUAUUUUCACUUAUUUCACUAUUUUCAAUCACUUUGGAAAACAGUGUGUUCGCAUGGUCAAAGGAAUGUGUGAGGUGUCACAUUCUGUCUUUAUAACGAGCAAUUUAUGAGCGGGAAGUGGCGUACGCAUCAUUUAUGCAUCUGGCCCCAGGGCUUGUAUUUGAUUGGUGUCCAUUACAAUGAGCAACACAGCCUCACUGCCACACAAAGAUCCAACGCCUUCAUGUUUUCUGGUGGCUUUCUUUUCUCAUGAUGAAUCAUCAAAUCAUGGUUCACAAGUUGAAUCUGAAACAACUCCAGAUGCUUUGGUUGGCUUUUGAUUGACAACUAGUUGCUGGUUCCAACAACAUUUAACCAUAAUCCCUUGUGUUUCUGUGUCAUUUUCAAUGGGACCAGCUCUUGAAUUUUGAGGCUUGAGAACCUGGUGUGAACGCAGCCUGACAGUCUCUGGAUUUCUUUUUGUUUGUUAUAUUUAACCUGAAGAAGAAAGAAAACUAUCAGCUAUAUAGAUAUGUCUUUAAUUUUUGAUACUAGAGAACUUAAAUGUCAAACACUUGUAUACAGGUUUUUUCUCCUGCAAAGCAGUGCAGUUAUUUUAAUCAGACAGAGAGAGAGAGGGAGGCCUCAUAUUCCCACAAGUCACUCCUAAUGAGAUCCAUUAUCACCUGCGGUGAUGACAGAGAGCGUCGUUAUCCGAAGUGCAAUCAGAGGCUGGUGAUGGUGGAGAUUUGUGCAGGUGCCAUACCUCAACUGCUUGUAAUAUAGAAGGGAUCUGAUUAUGUUUGCUAAACACUAGAUUGUUUUUCUCUAUGGAAUACUGUAUGAUGAACCUUUAUGGAAAACUAUUUUCAACAGGAAAUAUAAAACCCACACACGAUACCCCUCCUUUUGCUAUCAUAAGUGCAAUUACUGUGCAUUUAUGGGCCUAAUGAGUUUUGACUUCAUUUUCAUUUAGCAGAUAUUGGCGGUUUGGAAACACAUUGAUCACACACAGUAGAGCGUUCGGGAGGCGAACAGCCAGACCCCAAACAGAAGCAGACAGUAAGCUCACCUUUCAAGGGUUUCUGUUCUGAAACGUCUCAAGUUUAACAUCAGAGGAGGAAACUGAACGACCUUCACUUGUCAGAACGAAGGGUUUUACUCCUACAACUCAAUCUGAAGACAGGAAAACAAACAAUCUUAUUGGUAAUGUGUCAUCAGUGCUAAAUAAUCUGAAUUCCCAACAAUAUAAACAAAUCAACAUUUCUAACUGUAUUGCCAAACAAGAACAAGAACGGCUACGUUGAACAAAGAAGCAAAAGCAAGACUGCGUUCAAUCUGCGUUUUUUUUUUUUUUAAAGAUCUAAUGUGUUUGUUUGCUUUUGAACUCGUCCCUAUCUAGGUCAGGGGAGGAUCGUGUUUAUGGCAAAUAAACUACAGUCAAGAAAUGUUUAAGAUUACUCAGCUAAAGCACUUGGUUUGGGUUAAUCAGGGUUUGCACAGUUGUUGAGCUCAGCACUCCAUGUGUUACUUUGUGAUUCAGUCACGUAGCAUUUCCUACACAAACCUCAGGGGAGACGUACGAGUGGAACCGAGAAACACGCCAGAGCACUCGACAGCUCAGUCUAUAGAAAUAUUAGAAUUUAGGCCACUCUGCGUCCAACUGAUCAGAAAACGACAGGAAAAGAUGCAGAAAGCUAAAACUAUCAUUCUACACUCUGUUUGCCAAAGUUUUUUAAAGCUUUGUUAAAUUUUUGAAACACUAAGGUGACACAGACAGAUAAUGCGAGUUGAUGCCAUGAGUCUGUUUGAAUCUGUUUUUCUUGUCUAUUUACAUUGUAGUUCUACGAUUAACCAGAUGUUGAUCUCACCAUUUUACAUGGCUCAGAGUUGAUAGCGUAUUGUUUGACGCAAUGUACUACCAAGUCUAUGAGAUUGUGAAAAUUUCAGUUAAUUCAUUGGCCUAUUGUUUAUCAUCUCCAGCAUUAAGUCUCUGUCAGAAUCUCUUCUGUGGUUUGUGUCUCAAUGUUCACUCUUGCCUUUGAACUAUAGAUCAGAGUUAAUAUUAAUUUUUAACACUUGAAGUUAAAUGAAUUUUCUGGCUUCACCUCUGCAGAGAAGAAAAAGUCGUUUCCGAGUUAGAGACUUAAUCAGCUGUCCUGCUUUUCAAAGUAAAGGUUCUUCUGCUGAACAUUAACUGGAGUGAUUUUUUAAAGGAAAAAAAAACAAAAAAACAUCUUUGAUGGAUUUUCUCUUCAGGCUUGAGGCACUAAACUAGAAAAUCUGAAAUGAUGUGCAGACUUGCUGUACACGUUGUCCUCAUGAUGGAGGUGGAAUCAAUAAUGGAUCAGAGCUUCCACCUGAUUUCAUGGACGGACAGAGCUGCUCUUAGUCUGUGAGAAACCAUGAAGUCCAGUGGAGAGUCUGUGCAGGAGGUUAAAGGUCAUAUUAUAAGGUAAUAGUCAUAUUUUUAGUUUUUCCUAGGCUUCCGUAGGGAACCAAUAAAUCUUGGGGUAACAUAUGGAGUUCUGAGGUCAGAGUAGGGUAUGGUUUAGGUUACACAACUAAAAGACUUGGUUAAGGUCAGGUAGGUAGGUAGGUACAGUUAAUAGUCAUGACGGGACAAACUGGUCUGCUGCGAGAAAGUGGGAUGUGCUACAUACCACCUCCACUUCACUAUCUUCCACCUCCCGACAUAAAGAACACACUGAUCCUUUGUUUGCCCUGAAUGCUGGCAUUGGAUGUAAAUCACAAGAUGCUAAAUUGUCCAACAUGGAAUUAUUUCUUACGGGGCUGAUGUAAAACCAAGAUUCACUCAGUUCCCUAAAGCGAUAAAAUCAGUCCAGUCUGUUGAUUGUAGGAACAGCGUUGUUUUAGGAUGCAUCGAUAUUAAAUGAAUGAAAACGUCUUAGCCAAGGUUUAAUGUGUAACUGUGGAUCCAGAUGUUGAACAUGUGGUGUUUGCCACACAGCAGAAACGGCAUAUCAUUUUAAGAAUCGUUAAUAUAUAUCAUCUCUGACAAAAAGCUAAUGUCCACUUCCUGUGUGAAAACAGACUCUCCAGUUACAUGACAUCAAAUCUACCGUGUGUUUCACUCUGUCUGAAAAUGGACAAGCAAAAGAAGAGCAGAGGUCAGACUUCAGUGUGUUGGAGGGUGUUUAGUGUCUGCUGGAUCAUCAACUCAUGUGUGAACAGACGCUACAUGGAUGUUUUCUGUGUCAGUAGUUGCUCUUGUGAACCGACUCGCUUUCCACACUGUGCUCCACAACACGACCGACGGACUGAGAGCCAGGACCCUGAGGUUCUGACUGGUCUGAGGUUCUUACUGGUCUGUGUGCCGGGGCGGCUCCGUGUGUCACCCCUUUACGUUGAAACUCCAGCGCCCCGUCAAGAGGAUGAAAACAUGAACUGUCAUAGCAUAUAGUCUGUCACAGUACAUCUAAGGGAGACCCUUAUUUUAUUUAUGAAUAUGCUGCUUGGAGUUUCUUAAUCUUUAAUAAAGAAAUAUGAUUUACA